UCCAUCAUGGCCAUGUUUCUCCUCCGAAUGAGAAUUUCAUUUCUUCACGCUCGGAUAACUGCGCAUGACCGACGAGCUCGGAGAACGUACCUACUGAUGCAUAUUCAUAACAUCAAGGUCAAAGUUCACCAGAUCGCUGUUCGGUAUCAGUUGUGGAUCUACACUGCGCGUGGCAACAGGUUCUACACUACCGUUACCAUGGAGACGGAUACGCCCCCAAUAAAGAGACGAAAAACCAGGAAGCAGAUGCUGCGGAGUGUCCUUAUGGAUAACCUUCUGGUGAUCCUCCUCAUCCUGGCUGUCGCCAUCGGUAUUGGCAUGGGCUUCGCCUUGAGGUUAGUCUGGUCCCCCGACGACAAGCGCAAGAUCUUCUACUUGGCGUUCCCUGGGCAACUCCUGCUGAACAUGCUGAAGUGCCUCAUCCUCCCCCUCGUCGUGUCCAGUCUCAUCACCGGCCUGGCCGCGCUGGACAAAAGUGUGACCGGCAAGUUGGGCGGCGCUGCUGUCCUCUACUACCUCACCACGACGUUGUUGGCCGUCGUUCUCGGCAUUAUUCUUGUGCUGUCCAUCCAGCCUGGAUUCAAGGGAGGUAAUACCAUUGAGCGGACAGGGAAAGCAAAGUUAUCGCAGCCAAUUGAAUCCCUGCUGGAUCUGAUACGGAACUGUUUCCCUAACAACAUAGUCACAGCAUGUUUCGAAAGGGGCGAAACCGUCAUCAGCUUGGUGGAGAAGAAACUCCCAGCCAUUACAACGGUUGCCCCAGGCAACAUGACCACAAUGGGCACGAUGACCACCACCGUCACAUCAACAAUGGCACCUGAUCCCAUUUUCAUCGAGACCCCCAGUAUCAAGAUGGGUGGUGGCACCAACGUCCUGGGAGUGGUUGUGUUUUCCAUUGCCCUGGGCUGCGUCAUCAACUACCUAGGGCCCAUGGGAGUACCCCUGAAGAACUUCUUCGAGUCCCUCAACGCCGCCACCAUGAUCCUGGUCAAGCUGGUCAUCUGGUACUCUCCAUUCGGUAUCAUGUUCCUGAUUGCAACCAAGUUCAUCGAGAUGGAGGACCCCACGCGUGUGUUUGAGCAGCUGCUGUACUACUUCCUGACCGUCCUGGCUGGUCUUGCCAUCCACGGCCUCAUCUUCCUCCCCCUCAUCUACUUUAUCGCCACCAGGAAGAACCCCUACCUCUUCAUCUUCCGCCAGAUGAAGGCCAUCAUCACAGCAUGGGGAACAGCAUCAAGCUCCGCCACUCUUCCCAUCACAAUGGAGUGUCUUGUGAAUAGAAACAAGAUCCACCGCAACAUUGUUCGCUUCGUCGCCCCCGUCGGCGCCACCAUCAACAUGGAUGGCACUGCUCUGUACGAGGCUGUGGCGGCCAUAUUCAUCGCUCAGUACAAUGGCCGGAUUCUCACAAUAGCUGAAGUGAUCAUCAUUAGUUUAACAGCAACAGCGGCAGCUAUUGGUGCUGCUGGUGUACCCCAGGCAGGUCUGGUUACUAUGGUGAUCGUGCUGACAGCUGUCAAUCUGCCCACCAAUGAUGUCACACUCAUUCUUGCUAUUGAUUGGUUCCUGGACAGAUUCAGAACAGCCAUCAACGUGCUGGGAGAUUCCUUUGGGGCAGGCAUAUUAGGACAUAUCUUCAGGCACACAUUUGCCAACAUCCCCGAUGUGGAUGGGGAUUUGCAAGCGUAUACGGACAUGGAGAGUGACUCAAGUGACAAGCCCGCCAAUGGGGAUGUCAAGGGCACAGACAUAACCAAAAUAUACCCUAAUAUUGAAAAGCAGGGACUUGAUAACGCUGCCUUUCAAAUGAACACACGUAUGUAAAGAAAUAACAUUCGAUGAAAAAAGAAAUUGGUAAGACGUUUUGGAAAAAGGUAUUUAAUUCUGUACCACCAUGUUAAAAUAAAAUAACCUUUUAUGGUAAGAAUUUGAGAUAAAAGGUUUUUAUUUUUUUAUUCUGUCUCACCUAUCAAUUCUAAGGAUUAUGUUUAUGUCCAAUUGAAAUAUCAAAUUUGACAUCACUGUAUUACUCAUAAACCACAGAGCUGGCAAUGUAGUGUUUUAUUAUUUUCCAUUUGGAACUAUACAUUUAUGUUUGUUUUUGAGAUAUGGAAUUCAGAUAUGCUGUAAUGAAUGUUAUGCAGAGUCAAGCUCAUGAAUAUCAUAAUUAUUUUCCAUUUGAAACAGGCGAUAUAUGUUUGUUUUUAAGAUACUUAUUAGUAAAACAGAUAUACUGCUAUGAAUGUAAUGUGGGGGUCAAUCUAAUUAAUGUCUUUAUUAUUUUCCAUUCAGAACUAUCCAUUUAUGUUUGUUUUUGAGAUACAGAAAUCUGAUAUGCCUGGAUGCAGAUUUACUUAUUAGUAAGUUCAACUAAUGUGAGGAUCUGAUUUAAAUAAGCAUGACUUGACCCACUAUUUAUCUCUUUUUGUCACACAUGUUCAUUUGCUUAAAACAGUUAAAUAAUUUCAAAAGACAUAAACACUGCCAUAUAUUCUUGGAGAAAUGCAUGAAAAUAUAGAAAUUUAUACUGUACAUAAAUAUAUGUAAUCUGCAGAAAACUACAAUGAUGAAAUACAACCUGAUAUUACUUCUCAAAGUUUGUUCCAGACUAUGCAUUACGUAAUGUGUUGUAAGUAUUCAUGAUACUGUUACUGAUGAGGGCACUGACCACUAAUAUACCCUCACUACUUCAAGACAUCCAUCUCUGAAAGGAUGAGCAACCAAUUUUUUCAACAAUCAAUUUUUGCAGGACAUCUAUAAUAUCCAGCGAUCAGUUGUUUUUUGUAAAAGAUUAGGCAAAAUGAUUUCUUUCCAGUAUUAGAUGGAACAAUUUAAGUAAAAGAACAACAAAACCAGAAUAAGAAUCUGAAUGGUAGGUCCCUAAUGCUAUAGCUGUUGUGAUAGUCCCAAUAGUUUUAGCCCUAAUAUCCAUAGACUACUUAAGGCUUGAACAAUCAGAUCACACAACUAACCCACUAACAUUCGGACGCAUCAUUUCCCAGCUGGGUAAUGACAGGGAGGGAACACUGGAGACAGGGGAGUCUAGUUCCAGUGCUAGUUUGUGCAGGUAGCAUAGAGCUUUUCACCAAUAUGCAGCAGCAAAGAAAUGUGUUAAAAAUACCACAUCCAGUUUUUGGUGCUCAAUUAUGAAUGUAAAUAAACAUGGAGUCAUGUCGACACCUGGAAAGGCCUUUUUGGCUAUACAAAUAAUAUAUUUCUUUUCUGCUUAUGUUAAUUUUGGUGAGUGUUUUACUUCACAAAUAAACUUUGUGCAGUUUUCUAUUUGUUUUCAUUUGAUAUCAAGGACCAACGCUAUGUUUACCUAGACAGGAGCUAUGUAAAGGGUAUGGUAGGAUAUGUUGUAUAAGACUGAAUCGACAAAGGUCACAUCAGAAAAUAUGAGAAAAUAUGAACCACUUCAGGAAUGGUCUUCAUUAGAGUCAUAAAUACACAUACAAACACGGAGGAGGUUUGUAAAAACCAACUAUGGCAUAUAUUUUAGGAAGUGUAAUCUCUUUUACAUUGUCCACAAAUCAUAAAACCCAAAUUCAAUAGAUGCAAUUUGCGAAUGAAACAUAACAUCAAACUUGUAUAACCAUUCUUAACUAAUUCCCGUGUUUUUGGAAUACUGAUCGGAAUCUGUAAAAGGAGGAACAAAAUAUUCAAUUAUUGAUGGCUGCUUUGGUGUAAGGGAGAUAACUCUUCUGACACUACAUAGAGGAUGUAUUGCUGACAUGAAUGGUGGAAGCUGGUAGCUUUAAUCUUUACUAAUACAGACUAAACCAAGGGUCUAGCAAUAAUGUAACAUACAGCAUAAUUCAGUUGUAUAAAGUUUAUAUUUUUAGAUAAUACUGCCAUAUUGAAUGCAAACAAUUCACAAGAGUGUAUCAUAAAGACCACAAUAUUGAACAAUGAUGUAAUGUGUAGUAUUUGUUUAAAGGUGUUGUGCAUGUAUAUUCAUUGUUUUUAGUGUAAAAGUGUUUUGAUGUCAGAAUUCCCAUCCCAAGAACUGAAGACCCAGGUUCGAUUCCCGACAUGGGUACAAUGUGUGAAGCCCAUUUCUGGUGUCCCCCGCCGUGAUAUUGCUGGAAUAUUGCUAAAAGCGGCGUAAAACCAUACUCACUCACUCACUCAUUCACUCACUCACUCACUCACUCACCCAAGAGCUGAAAUGAAAGUAUGUCAGUUUGGAUUGGACCUUCCGGGAUAGGCCUUGACAUGAAUAUUAUGUUUCAACUUCUGUAUCAUAUGUAGAACCUAUACCGCUAUUUCACAGCAAUAAAUGUAUGUUUUAUACACUUUUCUAAUAAAAUUUCAUGAUC